AAGAAAUUCUCCAUACCUCGCUAAUCAGCAAUCCCUCUGUAUCUUUCCCUGCCUCAUGAUCUGGUAGCAGAUAGCUACCCUUGAACUUCCCCCCCUCAACAAUCCACUGUAACUUUUCACCAGCCGCAAUAUUCUUCCCCACCACAAAAGUUUCAAUCCUCGCUUUGCCCCCCUCUUCCACCUCGCCCGCAUGGAUGAUUACAUAUCUCCCCCGCCCACGGUGCAAGGUAUGCACAGUCCGUGACCGAUUCCUGUGGAAGACACCUAGUGGUCUUCCAGGGGUGAGAUAGUAGAAAAUAGAAGUGCUGGCGGAGCGGGUGGAAUCGUCACCGACAGCUUGAGCGGUGGCAUGGCCUGGUUGAUGACGGUACGGCUUAGUAUCUUUGAGGAACGGGUUUGGGACGCGGAGAGGGUCCCUGUCGGUUUCGAUGAAGUAUCCGCCCUCGAUGUGCGUUUGGAGGUUGAGGAUGUUGAUUGUUUGUUGGGCUGCGGGGGGUUCUGUGGCGGGGGCUGAGGCGGGGGGAUACACGGGUUUGAUAUCUGAGAGUGGCGGGGUGGUGUCCAUCUUUUAUUGUGGUUAUUGAUUGUAUUUGUUUAUUUCGCUUUCUUAACUUUUUAUCUCUUUAUAAAUGUGUUUUCGUGGUCUGUUUCCCUUCCUGCUAUGAAUUUCCUUUCGCUUCCUGGGUGGUCGUGGUAGUGACGAUGUUUAUGUGAGAUAGACUAAAUAGUUAGUUAACUAGAAGAAAGAGGGGCAGCAACAACUUCUUCUAUCUUUCAAACAAAGCAGGCCAGACCAUGUUUUAUGCUGGGGUAAACCAACGAAUUAAGGUAUCUGCUUGCUGCUAGAAGAAUGAUGUAUCCGAAAGUUAACUUACUGAUUAAGUGAAUUCGUUUUCUAUUGGGCAGUAAUUAAAUAUCCGAUCCCUGCUGGAAACGUCCCAACAAAGAUAAAACACCCGAUGUUGACUUCUCUCGCUUCUUUGUAGCCCUGUUAAACUCCUGACUCCUGUGUCCGUACAACUUCAGAAACACUCUGUGCAUGGAUGACCAUACGAUAGAUAUUUGUAUGGCUAGAUAUCUGAUGUCCCUCUCCAGAGACACUUCACAUCUCAAGCGCCGGAGUCGAUGAUGACUGCCAACACAAGAAUUUGUGAAGUCCAGAGGUAAGAGCAUUAUUUAAAUUAGUGUGAAUUGAAACUGACAGGGUCAUAUCACACGAUAUACGGAGAAGAUGGAAUGGCAUUUAAUAUUAUUGCUUAUGAAAAAUCGCUGACUUUGGAUGACUGUUGCCGGUGUUUACAUUUAUCUAUCCAUACAGGUUACAGUUUCUCCGUACAUUUUGAGAAAAAUAUAACCCCUCGAUACAGGGCCUGUAAUCUCAGCUAUCGGAAUGGCGAGGUUUCGUUGGUGCGGAGUGUACCAAGCCACUUGGCAUGUAUUGGUAUUACACUUCAUCACCCGCUGUUACUAGCCCGGUGCACGGCCACUUAACCUUCCUUACUUAAACAAUCGCAAAGCCAUCCAUUCUCCGUCUGUUGCUCCUCCGCCACAACACCACCACCACAUUGAUGGAUGAAUCCAGAGCUCGAUGCAGUCUGACCAGCCGCCUGGGAUGAUUUAAUUGUUUUAUCUGCUGUGAAUUUCGACUGUUCUCCCCGCCGGUGCCCUAUCCCAUGGCUUGGUCUAUUUGUCUCGAUUCUGCCGCCGCCUGAGUUCGCCGUGCGCAUGCUGGCUCGCGUCCUAUCAUUACCGAUUGCUCCUCCAUAAGAUACCCUCGAUGGCGAGAAAGUCUAGCCAGCGAGUCAGCUAUGUGCUGCCUAUGCCAGAUGCCCCAGGGGGGCAUCGCCUAGGUGUCAAUGGGCUGGCGGUCGACACUGGAAGUUCAAUCCUGUAUUCGGCUGGUCGCGAUGGAGUUAUCUGUGCCUGGGACUUAAACCUUGAUCUCAAGUCGGGCGGCGUUUCUAACCACUUCUCCUCCGCCUCGUCAGGCACUACAUCCUCUAAUGCCGUCUCCGAUUCGAGUUCCAAAACUGUAGAAGCAACAACUUUCCGCCGCCAGGUUCAGGCACAUACACAUUGGAUAAAUGAUAUUGUUCUUGCCCAAAACAACUCAACCCUCGUUUCUGCAUCAUCCGAUACGACUGUUAGGGUAUGGCGGCCAGAAUCACAAGAUUUGCAGCUACCCCCUUCGAUCGGCAAGCACGGCGACUAUGUAAAAUGUCUCGCGACACCAGAAUUGCAUUCUGAAUGGGUUGCGUCUGGUGGUUUGGAUCACAAAAUAUAUCUAUGGGAUCUGAACGGAGCUGGAGAGAGGUUAAAAAUUGACUUAUCUGAAGAUGAGCUUGCAACUAAAGGUUCUGUGUAUGCCCUGAGCACAAAAGGCUCCAUAUUAGCAAGCGGAGGCCCAGAAUGCGUCGUUCGCGUAUGGGAUCACAGAUCAGGGAAACUGAUCACGAAAUUUGUUGGCCACACAGACAAUGUGCGAGACAUAUUAAUCAACCAGGAUGGAGAUACAAUCAUGACCGCAUCCUCUGACCAGACGGUCAAAAUCUGGUCCAUGACAGCUGGCCGAUGCAUGCAUACUCUGACCAUGCAUAAUGACAGUGUCUGGUCGCUGUAUUCCGAUCAUCCUCAAUUAUCCGUAUUCUACUCGAGUGAUAGAUCAGGUUUGGUUGCUAAAACGGACUGUCGAAGGGCUGCAGACUUUGACCAGGGUGUCUGUGUGGCCGCGCUGCAGGAAAAUGACGGAGUCGUGCAGGUUGUUGCUGCGGGUGAUUAUAUCUGGACUGCAACACCAAAAUCAAGUAUCAACCGAUGGAAUGAUGUCGACACGACUGCUGAAGUUGAUUUGCCGCCCUCGUCACAGCAUCGACAUACUUCUAGCACUGUCUCGUGUCAAAGCACUGGUGAUAUUAAACCUUCUUUUGAAGUUUCAGAGUCCGCGCCAUCGCCACGGAGACUCCCACGCAGCUCCAUUCUACAAUUAUCAAAUGCGGCCCCAGCUGUGGGGGGACGGAUCGUCCAUGAAAUGGUACUUGACGAUGACCUGGAGUUGGUAACCCCUCUCCAAGCGCUGCCUGAAGAAACAAUAGUGGGACAAAACGGCUUAAUCAAACACGUUCUACUCAAAGACAGGAGGCGUGCGCUUACUCAGGAUACUGCCGGGGAGGUAGUACUCUGGGAUCUCAUAAAGUGUAUUCCAAUUAAAUCGUUUGGGAAGCGUCACUUAGAUGAUGUCACUUCUGAAGUUAACACGAUAGACACCAUAGCGAACUGGUGUACCUUGGACACGCGGACGGGAAGACUCUCUGUGAUCCUAGAAGCUAAUCGUUGUUUUGAUGGUGAAAUUUAUGCUGAUGAGGCAGGUCUUGAUGACCUGAGCCAGUUCAAGGAAGAUCAAAGGAUUAACCUUGGAAAAUGGGUUCUUCGAUAUUUAUUCGCCAGCCUCAUUGAUGAAGAAAUCAAACGAGAUGCAGCAUAUCAACAGACUCUAGAAGCGAAGGCAAAGGAGACGCAAGGGAUUUCUCGACUGAACGCCCCUGAUUCAAUAGAUAUUCCGAAAAUAGUAGCCGAGGGGGUAGCCGAAGCUGGAGCUUCCAGCGCAACACGAACGGCCAAUGGAAUGCACCACCCUGUCACACCUGGGCUUUCCAUUGGAUUCGUCACCCCUGGAGGGCAAUCAUCUUUUUCUGAUUUUGGGAAUAGUACGUUAACGUCGACUUCUGGAGUCCACGGUGGUGGAAAGGACCAAACCGAUUAUUUUGCUUCCUCUGCCAACACGCACACGAUCGACUCUCCGGAUCCAAAUCCGAAGUCUCCGGUCCCACCAGAGGAUGAAUCACAAUCACAGCUGGGAACCUCGCCAGCCGAUACAGAGAAAGAAGAUAAGCCGGGCAAACGAAGUGGAUCUCGUUUCGGUAAAAAGUUCCAAAUGUCCUUUCCCAAAAAACUGGGAAGAACUUCCACUGAAACGAAGCCAAUCAUCGAAGUGAAGGUUGAAGAGGAGUCUGACGACAAGUCGUUUGAAAAAGAGAAAGUGUAUGACGAAAACCUAAGCGGCGUUAUUGAAAAGAUGAGAUUUGAAUAUGAAGAAGCGUUGAACGAACACCCGGAGCAGCCGUUGUCUACUAGGAUCACCCCGAGCGAAGAAAAUGAGACACCGACCCUAACCUUACCACCAAAUACAGCAAUACUUAUACAAGAAGAACACCCCGAUUCAGCUGUUCCAGCAGACCUCUAUCGAGGGACGGUGGGGACUGUAGGCGCGGAUGCCGAUAUGCUUGAGAAAGCCGCACCUAAAUGGCUCGGAGAGUUCCUUCUACGAAACACGAUACCCUUCAAAGAAGUAUCCAAGGUCGCAUUUUCUUUGAAACCCUAUAACGACCUACUCCCUCCAGUUGUGAAGCCUGAUACUCUCUCAACGAACACCAACCCCUCCCGCCUAAAUGCCAACCGUAUGCUCCGCGCCAAAAAGAUCCUCGCAUAUGUUGCCGAACGCAUCGACCCGCAAAACCCUGAUGACCCGGAUGCAAACACUCUGAAACCGGAAGAAUAUUUGGAACUAUACUGCCAAAAUACUCUUAUCCCACACGACAUGACCCUCUCCACAAUCCGCACCCACAUCUGGCGGACCGGUAACGACAUGAUCCUCUUGUACAAAGCCAACGGCAAGCGGGAGAUUCCAAUUCCAGGCUCCGAGGCCGCAGCAGCGUCAGCGCGCGCCUCAACGUCAGCUUCGGAUGCAAAACCUGGGAACAACGAUGAUACAGAUUUGCCGCAGAAAAUGUCGACGCUUGGUGUGUCGGGCGCCUCUGAAGCUAAUAUAGCAGGCGCUGGUAUUGGUGGUUCUAGCUCGGUGACAUCGGCGACGUCUAGGUCGGUGUCUGGGACGGAGAUAUGAGGUGAAUUCAUUUCAUAUUUUUUUGUUCAUAAUAUUCUUUCCUCUGAGAAGCUAUUACGAUAAUUUUUCGUUUUACUUUUUCACACUAUUUAUUAUUUCAUUUAUCCCCUCGUUAGGCUGUUCCGUUUUGUGAGUUGCCCAUUUUGCAAAACCGCUCUGGAGCAAGCCGCUAGUUCUGUGACACUCUGAGGGAGAGGAUACCCGAGUCCUUCUAAUACACAGCGGAUUGGUUACUAUUCUUCUUCAACUUCCUUGUUUAUGUUUUUAACCUUCUGAUUGCAAUGUGAUAUGUAUAUACGUAUAUACAUUCAAGCGGAACACAAUUUGGCGAUGCUGCCUGAGGAAAUCCAUAUCGAUGGAUUUCCGAAUUAUUGUCAAGACACUCCUACAUCUGAUCCUGCUACACCUCACGCGCGGAAACGCAGAGAAGUGAAAAUAAACAAAAGCACAAUGAGCGAAACCCAACCCGUUCCUCCCAGGCUGGCAUACAUAUCUACAACCUCUUAUCACUCCACAGUUCCAAUCUCCCUCAACCCUUUCGUCAAUGCCUGCAAACGCGUAAACUCCUGCCCAUCCUCCCCCAAGCCCCCAAGCAAACGCACCGCCCCCUCGCCACCAUGAUAGGGAAUGAAAAUAUUUUAUGCCAGUAACAGAGUUACAACUUAAAUUCUUAGUACUAAUCAUAACUUUUGAAAGAAUCCUCCAUAGACUAGCUGAAUUUGGUUCAUAUCAUGUUGAUGAUUCUGGAUGUGAUAAAUGAAUCGGGUUUAGGCGCAGUGGUUAGUUCUCCGCAGGGUGUUGACACGAGUCCAAGUGUCAAGGUUUCACCAGGGCCAACAUCAUCACACACUGCCUACCUACACCCAAGAUGGCAUCCUCCUUUCUUGUGUCUUUAUGGGUUCAACUGAUGCGGCUUUCUUUGAUAAAGCAGAUGUGCUUUGAUGUAGGAGUGAGACUACUAUAUUUGCUGCUCUAUUCAUCAGAUAUGAACUCAAUAGAGAAAUUGUUUGCUGAGUUGAAGGCUUACAUUAAGAAGAGCUCAUCUUUAUGAGAAGAGCUCUAGUUAGAGUGUCAGUGUUUUCCUUCAAUAAUAUGUUGAUGUUGUCAGUGUAAGAUAUUUUGUUGAUCUCAUCCACUCAGAAUCAAAUGAAUGUCAUUUGUUGUCAUUUGAGAGCAUCAUAAAUGUGAUUCCUGCUGCAAAAUUUAUAAAUGCAAAUGCAUGUUUUGAGUGUUCACAUAGAUGACUGAAAGAUCUCAUGCAUAUAAAUCCAGUAUCAAAAUCUGAUGGUCAGAUUUGAGAUCAGACUUUUUCAAUAUUCUCAGAGCUUCUACAAGUCAUUUACAAGUGUGAGAGAGUUACUGCAUCUCAGAUGCUCAAAGUCUCUCAAUCAACUGAGGUUUCUCUGGCUUCAAUAAAACUCUCUUUACUAAGACUCAAGAGUAUGUAUAAUAAUAUAUCUUUGAUGCUUCUUUAUUUAUUUUACUCACCUCACCUUCUCUUGACAUUUUAUCAGGUUUCAAGGCUCACUUUUUCAGACUAGACAUCAGUAUCAUAAUCAAUUCUCACUUUGUUAUCAAGAAAAAACAGAUUUUUCAUCUUUGUCAUAAUCACUAAAACUGCAUGAUUCAGAAUCACUCAAACACAUUUGACACAAA